CUCUAUGUCAUGCACCUUAUAUCAGUCAAUCACUAACACCAAACCUCCCACUCCUUUCUCUCUGUAUCCUAAUCCAUUUCUAAUAUUAUAGUGGUGAGGUUCUUCUGAUCAGAUACAUUGGCCAUCUUUUGCCUUCUCCCCAUGACUGCUAGGGGCAGUGACCCCCAAAGGGGUCGAUUUCGGCCGGAAAUGGCCAUGGCAUUGCUCAUUGUUCUGAUUUCUACUACUGUGGUUUCCGUUGCUGCUGAUGGUUACCCAUACAAUUCUCCACCACCACCUUAUGAGUACAAGUCACCUCCACCACCAUAUGAACAUAAGGCUCCACCUUACGAGUACAAGUCUCCACCUCCACCUUCCCCGUCACCUCCACCUCCUUAUGUAUACAAGUCACCACCUCCACCACCGUAUGAGCACAAAGCUCCACCAUAUGAAUACAAGUCUCCUCCACCACCUUCUCCAUCACCUCCACCUCCUUACUACUAUAAAUCUCCACCACCACCUUCUCCCUCACCCCCACCACCUUACUACUACAAGUCACCUCCACCACCUUCUCCAUCACCUCCACCUCCUUACUACUACAAAUCUCCCCCACCACCAUAUGAGCACAAAGCUCCACCAUACUAUUACAAGUCUCCUCCUCCACCUUCUCCCUCACCUCCACCACCUUACUACUACAAGUCUCCUCCACCACCUUCUCCCUCACCUCCACCUCCUUACUACUAUAAAUCUCCUCCACCACCCUCCCCCUCCCCUCCCCCACCAUAUUAUUACAAGUCUCCACCACCUCCAACACCAGUUUACAAAUACAACUCACCACCUCCACCAUCACCAACUUACGUGUACAAGUCACCACCCCCACCAACACCUGUAUACAAACCCCCGUACUACUACAAGUCACCUCCUCCUCCAACACCAGUUUACAAGUACAAUUCACCACCUCCACCGUCACCAACUUACGUGUACAAGUCACCACCUCCCCCGUCACCUGUAUAUAAACCCCCAUACUACUACAAGUCACCUCCUCCUCCAACACCAGUUUACAAGUAUAAUUCACCACCUCCACCAUCACCAACUUACGUUUACAAGUCACCACCCCCACCAUCCCCUGUAUACAAACCCCCAUACUACUACAAGUCACCUCCUCCCCCAACACCAGUUUACUACUACAAGUCACCUCCUCCUCCAACACCAGUUUACAAGUACAACUCACCACCUCCGCCGUCACCAACUUACGUUUACAAGUCACCACCCCCACCAUCACCUGUAUACAAACCCCCAUACUACUACAAGUCACCUCCUCCUCCAACACCAGUUUACAAGUACAAUUCACCACCUCCACCAUCACCUGUAUAUAAGCCCCCAUACUACUACAACUCACCUCCUCCUCCAACACCAAUUUAUAAGUACAAGUCGCCACCUCCACCGUCACCAACUUACGUGUACAAGUCACCACCCCCACCAUCACCUGUAUACGAACCCCCAUACUACUAUAAGUCACCUCCUCCUCCAACACCAGUUUACUAUUACAAGUCACCUCCUCCCCCAACACCAGUUUACAAGUACAACUCACCACCCCCACCAUCACCUGUAUACAAACCCCCAUACUACUACAAGUCACCUCCUCCUCCAACACCAGUUUACAAGUACAAUUCACCACCUCCACCGUCACCAACUUAUGUGUACAAGUCACCACCUCCCCCAUCUCCUGUAUACAAACCCCCAUACUACUACAAGUCACCUCCUCCACCAACACCAGUUUACAAGUACAAUUCACCACCUCCACCAUCACCUGUAUAUAAGCCCCCAUACUACUACAACUCACCUCCUCCUCCAACACCAGUUUAUAAGUACAAGUCCCCACCUCCACCGUCACCAACAUACGUGUACAAGUCACCACCCCCACCAUCACCUGUAUAUGAACCCCCAUACUACUACAAGUCACCUCCUCCUCCAACACCAGUUUACAAGUACAAGUCACCACCUCCACCGUCACCAACUUACGUGUACAAGUCACCACCCCCACCAUCACCUGUAUAUGAACCCCCAUACUACUACAAGUCACCUCCUCCUCCAACACCAGUUUACAAGUACAAGUCACCACCUCCACCAUCACCAACAUACGUGUACAAGUCACCACCCCCACCAUCACCUGUAUAUGAACCCCCAUACUACUACAAGUCACCUCCUCCUCCAACACCAGUUUACAAGUACAAGUCACCACCUCCACCAUCACCAACUUACGUGUACAAGUCACCACCCCCACCAUCACCUACUUACAAGUACAAGUCUCCUCCUCCUCCUCCAACACCAGUUUACAAGUACAAGUCACCACCCCCACCAUCACCAACUUACGAGUACAAGUCUCCUCCUCCUCCAACACCAGUUUACAAGUACAAAUCACCACCCCCACCAUCACCGACUUACGAGUACAAGUCUCCUCCUCCUCCUUCUCCAGCACCAGUUUACAAGUACACGUCACCACCCCCACCAUCCCCAUCACCUCCCCCUCCAUACUAUUACAAAUCUCCCCCACCACCUUCCCCAUCCCCUCCCCCUCCAUACUAUUACAAAUCUCCUCCACCACCCUCACCGUCACCCCCACCUCCUUACUAUUACAAGUCACCCCCACCUCCAUCUCCAUCUCCACCACCUCCUUAUUACUAUCAAAGUCCUCCUCCACCAUCUCCCGCUCCUCAUACUCCCUACUACUACAAAUCCCCUCCACCGCCAACGGCGUCUCCUCCACCUCCUUACCAUUAUGUGAGUCCUCCCCCACCUACAUCAUCUCCUCCUCCACCAUACCACUACACAUCACCACCUCCUCCCUCCCCAUCUCCCGCUCCCACAUACAUUUACAAAUCACCUCCCCCGCCAGUGAAAUCACCUCCCCCACCAGUUUACAUUUAUGCUUCCCCACCACCACCUAUCUACAAGUAAGCUCAGAAUGCAGCAACGCCUCCCCUUAUAAAUCAUGUUUUAGCUUUCAUCAAAGAAUAAUUGCAACCUUCAUUUGGAACAGAGUGAAACAUUUACCUUCUUGUCGAAGUUCGUUGAAUAAAAGUCUGAAUGUAUUAUCUCUAGGCAGCAAUAUUUGUGAUUCAGACAAGAUUGAGUCGAUUUCUUUGGUGGCCAUCUUGCACAUCUUGGUCUUGUUGUACUCAAGUGACAUACAGAUCAAAAUGAGGAAGCAACAUUUGAAUGUAAAUGUCAAGUGAAAGCCAUAAGUACAGUCCACUUUUAGUGAUCUCUUUAAUUUAUUUGUGCAUAGAUAAACGUGGUCGUGUAUGAUUGCUUUUAUAUUUAUUGUGGCAUUUUUGUAUUGUGUUUGAAAUAAGUGUUAGUAACCAAGAAGAACAUUAGAUUUCUAUCCACAA